UGAUUUUCAUCUUCACAUCUCUCUCUCUCUCUCUCCCCCCGUCUGCUUUCACUUCUGCUAUCCAAAAAUGGACACUACUGCUGCUGAUGCUCAUGCUCCUAGCACUACUACCACGGUUCAACGGGUGACCAAGAAAUCUUCGGAUGAGCUGCUGAGAAAAUUCGCAGAACUUGGGGAAGAGGAACCAAAGAAAAGGCUAAAAAAAAGCAAGACAAGGAAGGAAUAUUCAUUAUCAGCAUCUUGUGAGAGCCCAUCUCAUUACAGUAGUACGACCUUAGUGGAGAGAAGAUCUCUUCUUCCUCAGCUCACAAGGAAGUCUGUUUUGCUUAGGCAACUUGGGAUUGGGAGGUCUCAGUUUAGAGCUAGAGAUAUCAAGAACAAGUCAAUCUUGGUUGCCAUUGAAAAGACAUGGCGUAAGACAUUAGAAGGAGCUUCGAAAGUGCUUUUGGAGAAGAAGCAUUACAAUCGACAUAGACGCUUAAUCAGUGACGUUGUGUAGCUUCAAGUUUUUCUUUUAAUUUUACUGAAUUAUAGCUUUGUAUUAGAGAGAGAAAUGUUUAAUUAGUCUUUGUAUA